AUGGAUGAUUUCAUGAGAAGGGCCUUAGUUCUCGCCUCCGAAGCUUUAGCUGCACAGGAGGUACCAGUCGGAUGUGUAUUCACCUUUAAUGGAAAUAUUGUAGCCGAAUCCAGAAAUAGUGUAAAUAUUACACAUAAUCCAACUAGACACGCAGAAAUAAAUUGUAUCGAUAUAAUAUUAAGGUAUUGUAAGAAUAAUCAGAUUAACUAUCAUACUUAUUUUGAAAAUAUUGUUGUUUAUGUUACAGUUGAACCAUGUAUAAUGUGUGCGGCUGCAUUAAAUAAUUUAAAUAUUAAAGAAGUCAUAUAUGGCUGUGCUAAUGAUAGAUUUGGAGGAAAAACAGUGUUAGAUGUUAAUACAUUUUAUGACAAAGGAUAUAAAUUAACAGGAAAUGUUUUAGCUGAUGAAGCUAUGAGUUUAUUAAAACAAUUUUACAAAGGUGCUAAUCCAAAUGCACCAGAAUCAAAAGUUAAGAAAAAUAAAUAA